UGCUUUACCCAUCUCUCUCUAUACCACCAACUCCUACACUCCCACGCCUCUUCUUCCCCUUCACCUCUCAGUCCCUCACUCCAUGCCAAAGACCACAACAGCAGAUCACCCCAAGCCAUCGCGCCUCCUCCCGCAUCCAUCCAUCCAACGCCGGAGCACGCGCGCGUACAGGUAGCUAGCGGACAAACCCGACACACGCCGUCGCCAAGCGAGCAGAGCACGCAAGCAAGGAGGAGGAAGACGACAAUGGCGGCGCAGGCCCAGCUGCGCGCCACCGACAGCGGCGGCGGCGACAAGGACAGCGACGGCUUAAUAGUGGCCGUGUCCCUCUGCUUCCUGCACGACCUGCUCGGCGUCGUGGCGUUCCUGGCCUGCCACCCGCUUCAUGCGGCCUACUUCCUCUUCUUCGCCCGCCACCUCCUCUCCCUCGCCUCAUUCUUCUACCCGCUCCUCGUCUCCACGGCCCUCCUCCUCGCCGUGCUUGUCACCGUCGGCCCGUACAUCGGCGGCGCGGAGUGGCGGGGGGUCAGGUCCCUCGGCAGGACCUGCGGCAUUGCCGUCGCCGCGCUCUGCGCCGAGCUCCGGCCGGAAGGAGCAGGCGGAGACGUUGCCAGUCUGGUCGGGCAGCUCUGCUCCUUCGUCCUCGGCCCCGGCGACGCCGCUUCCGUUCUCCGCGUGGGCGAGAUCAUGGGUGAGCUUUGCGAUAUUGGUGGUUCUUGCUUUGUGCUUGAGGAGAAGAGCUUGUUGUUACUAGGUGGUGACGAGUGCAAGGAGCUUGCAUUUCAGCUCCCAUUGAUGGAUGGUUGCAUUAAUGAGAAAAGCUUCUUAGAUCAUGAGGAUUUUGGUGAUUUUAGGGAUGAAAUUGAUGACAAAGUUGUGGUUUCCGAGGAUUUGAAGGGCUCUGAUUCUUUAGCAGAGCAAUGUUGCCCAAGUGAGACAAUAUUUGUGCAAGAAAUAGAAGCAGAGGAUGUCAUUCAGGAUCAGCGGUUGAUCUUGUCAGGCAUGGAAGAGAUCAGUGACGGUAUUGAGGAGAAAAGACUGGAGUGUGAUCCUGUGUCAGUGGAGAUCAAGAAAUGUGAGCCAGUAGAAUCAAUGGAGAUCAAGAAAUCUGAGCCAGUAGAAUCAAUGGAGAUCAAGAAAUAUGAGCCGGUGGAAUCAAUGGAGAUCCAGAAAUGUGAGCCUGUGAAACCUGUGGAGGUCAAGAAAUUUAAGCCAGUAGAACCAACGGGGAUCAAGACACGGGAGCCGGUGAAACCUCAUUCUUCGAUUGCUCAGCGCAUCAAACUAUGGGAAGCACAAGUGUCUGGCAAUUUCAAGCCAGUUCUUGAGGAAAAGGAAGACAGUUCAGUGGAAUUCAGUUUGGAGAAUGGGUCACUCAGGGAUGUGAAGAAACAAGCGCAAUUCGAGACUGAUCCUUGCGUCGAAAAAUGUGGCAGUGAGCAGGAAGCUCAAGAGCUUGCUUCCGUUGAACAAUCUGUGGAACAACAGCAGGCACAGGCAUUUGUGGAUGUGAAGGAAUGUGUGCACCCGGAGACUGAAACUUUCGCCGGGAAAUGCAGCCAUGACGUGCAAGCUGAAGAGACAGGCAUUGUCGCACACACCGAACAAGAAUUUCAAGAACAAGACUGCCAAUAUGCACACUUGAAGACCAAAACUUCUGCCGAGAAAUGCAGCCAAGACACGCAAGCAGAAGAGAGUGCCCCUAUUGCACACGCUGAAAUAGAACUGCAUGAGCAAGGCUGCAAAGAUGCGCAGCCUGAACCAGAGCUGCAAGAGCAGGAGUACAAAAUUGCGCGAUCUGAACAAGAACUGCAAGAAAGGGAGGAGUACAAGGACGUGACAGAAUCUCCAGUCAUGUGCAACGAGAGGGAGAAUUCUCUGAAGUUUACAUCCAUCGCCGGCCGAGUGCAUUCGAGGAGCUCAUCGGAGAACCUUGUCAGCGAGGGGUCGCCGCUGCCAAAGGAGAAGGAGUGGAAGCGGACCCUGGCGUGCAAGCUCUACGAGGAGCGCAUGCAGCUCAGGCUCUGCCGCGACCGCGCCGUGGUCGAGGGCAGUGACAACAUGGACAUGCUCUGGGAGGCCUACGAGGUAGGCAGCGGUAGCAACGGCAGAGGUGUGAAGCGUGGUACCGGCAUUGUGAAAGGCGAUGCCAAAAAACAAGAUGAAUUUGUUGAGGAAGGUGACGGAGAGGAAGAAGAAGAUGAACAUGACAAUGAAGGUUCAAUGAAGCAGCUGUGCUGCCUUCAGGCUCUGAAGUUCUCCACCAGGAAGAUGAACUUUGGAGGUGGCAAGCGUAGCCUGGCCAAGAUCACAAAGGUCCUGAAGAGGAUGACCGCGUUGUCGAGGGUCGGAUCACAGCGCAAAAGACCGGAUGAAGGUCAGCAGUGGUGAAUUGAUGGCCAAUGGCCUGAAUAUAGAAUUCCUGUUCUGUCACUGUACUUGUUGUGCUCCUUUUAAUCAUUUGUUUUUUUUUCUAUUUGUGUAUAUAUGAUAUAUAUACCCAACGGUUUCAGAGAGAUUGGGGUAAUUACAGGGUUGUCACUUGACCUGCAGAAUGUAAUAAACCUUAAUCUGGUGUGUGCAGUUGUCAUGCUUUCAGUAAAUGUCAUGUCUCGACUGACAAUUGAAAAGCAUUAGUGUGAUGCUCAAAUUUCGAAUGCGGCCUACCAAUUCUCUAUGUUUCUUUGUUUUCCUGUUUUUGC